CGCGCGCGCACCGGUUGUGUAAAACAUUCAAGGCCAUGUGUUCCUACGCGUUAAUCGAUGUCAAUGUUAGCUCUCUUUAUCAAGACCGCUUUAUCUCUAAACGCGUUAGCUUCGACUAUUUAGUUUAUGUAGUAGGUACAUUAAGUAAUAAUGUGAAAUAACAAGACAGUGAUAUAGUCAAUGACGUUUUUAUAACACUAAUAUAAAUACUUUUUACUCGUUAGAUCUCUGCAAACAAUUUUGGAUAAGAAUAAUAUUGUCUGUGCAUAUUUUAUGGAACAUUUCAAUUUUGAAUUGUAAAGAUUAGUGGUUUUAAUAAAAGGUCUAUUGAUUAAGUUAUUUGACAAAUUCACAGUGUAUUCACUUUAGUUUAGUUCAAACAUUUCUUGUUGAUUAUAUGUCAAUUUAGUUUAGUUCAAACAUUUCUUGUUGGUAUACAAAUAUUUGUCGAUUUAAAACAAUAUUUUGUAGUGACACUUUGGACUUGUAUGAUCAUAAUCGCAGAUGAUUUAAAUGGACACUUGGCUCUUAAAGAUGAAAUAUGGCAAGAAGCUAGUAUUAUUUAGUUUAUUUAUUAUGAACUUAGUCGAUGAGCCGGCGCCGGAAGUAACGAUUGAGCAAGGGAUUUUGAGCGGUAAAACAAGUAGAUGUGGGACGUUUUUUGAAUACACUGGGAUUCCGUACGCAAAGUCAGAUAACAACACGCGAUUUCAGGCACCAGGUCCGCCUCCAUCAUGGAACGGAGUUUACAGAGCAGUUGAAGACUUCCACAUGUGCCCUCAAAACACUCUCUUUGGAAUUUUGGGCACUGAAGAUUGUCAAAAAAUAAACAUAUAUGUACCUGCUAGUCUUAAAAACGAAAAACCACGCGCUGUCAUGGUUUAUAUCUAUGGAGGAGCAUUUUUAUUUGGAAGUGGAGGCAAAAUCAUCUACGGUCCACGAUUUAUAGUCAGAAAAGACGUCAUUUUAGUAACCUUUAAUUAUAGACUUGCAUUACUAGGCUUUCUUUGUUUAGGAACAAAGGAAGUUCCUGGAAACGCUGGUAUCAAGGACCAAUUAGCAGCUUUAAGAUGGGUAAAGAAGAAUAUUGCUGCUUUUGGUGGCGAUCCAGAUAAUAUAACAGUAUUUGGACAAAGUGCUGGGGCUGUCUCACUCUCAUUUUUAGUAGCCAGUGAAGCAACCAAUGGUUUGUUCAAAAGAGCAAUUAUUCAAAGUGGCUCAUCAGUGUCUAAUUGGUCAAUAAAUAGAAAACCGAUAUGGAUUGCUAGUCUUCUAGCUAAAACCAUUGGUCAUAAUACGGAAGACCCAAACAAAUUAUACGAUAUAUUUUCUAAAAUGGAUUACAAAGAUCUUAUUGCAUUAAAGGCAAAAAAACCAACGGGAAUGUUUUAUGAUACCGGACUUCUUCAGUUACCUUGUGUUGAAAAUUUUAUUCCAGGGGUAGAACCGGUUAUAACUGAUUUAUCAUAUAACAUUUUUUCUAAUAAAACUAAAGAUAUUGAUAUUAUGAUUGGAACUGCCAGUAAUGAAGGGAUAUUUUUGGCACCAACAGAGUCUGAAGAAAUACUUCAUUCAAGAAAUGGACGGUAUCUUUUUGCUUCAGAUUUACAAUUCCCGUCUGAAAGAGAAGCGAUGACUGUAGCAAAGAAAGUUCACAAAUUUUAUUUUGGCGAUGAUCUUAUAAGUUCAAAAAAAAUCCACAAUGUUUCGAACUUAUACUCUCAGUUAUAUUUUGAAAUGCCAGCAAUUUUAGAAACGGAGUAUCGGCUGAUUAGAAGUAAAUCUAAUGUAUAUAACUAUAUUUUUAAUUAUCAAGGUUCGAGGAAUUUACUUAAAUUGACCAGCGGUUAUUGGUACGAAGAUGGUGCCACUCACGGUGAUGAACUCUUUUAUUUGUUCGACGGAGAUUUAUUCCCAAUGGUUUUUGGAGAUGACGACCGUAAAAUGGUUGAUCAAAUGACAACAUUGUGGACAAACUUUGCUAAAUAUGGAAAUCCUACACCAGAAACCAGUGAUCUACCAUUCAGAUGGAAGCCGAGCGAAAAAGACAACCUAAAGUUCCUUUAUAUAGAUAGAGAGUCCAAAAUGGGUCCGAUGCGUAGUCCUCAAGAUUAUCGGUUAUGGAAAGAUAUCUACAGUAAAUAUCGAAACGCUCAUGUAACUUAAAAAUAUACAUUAACACAUAAAGACAUAUAUUAUU